AUGGAAGACGAGGAGGAAAUUGCUAUACAAGGUGAUUUAUCUAGCUUGAAUGCUUUUUCAGGACCAGAUACACCUCGUUCACUGCGGCUAUGGGGCAAGGCGCAAGGAAAAAAGCUUCAUGUGUUGAUCGACAGUGGAAGUACACAUAAUUUUAUAAGGCCGGAGGUCGCACAAAAAUUGAAUUUAGAAGUGAAAAAUAACAUCCCCUUCCGUGUAUAUGUUGGGAAUGGAGAAGCACUGGUCUGCCGCCACAAGUGUGUUGGCCUGGAACUUGACCUUCAAGGAACUAAAUUUCUAACAGAACUUUAUGUACUACCUAUUCGAGGGCCAGAGAUAGUCCUUGGUAUGCCAUGGUUACAAGAACUGGGUAAAGUCAUUCAUGACUAUAAACAGAUGACUAUGGAGUUCCGAUGGAAUGGCAAAAGAGUAACUUUGCAGGGCAUUGAGGGAAUGGAGCCACGGUUAAUAUCUUAUAACCAAUUAACGGCCGUGAUGGAGUCGGGAGAUAUGCUUGAGAUGUUCGAAGUCUACAGCAUUUCUAGUGAUGGGGUCGAGAAAGAAAAUUCGAUUCAGGUUCCGAAGGCCUGCAAACCAUUAUUACAGGAGUUUGCUGAUGUAUUUCAAGAGCCAAAAGGAUUACCACCUCGCAGGACAUAUGAUCAUAGGGUCCACCUUCAACCGGGAUCACAACCGGUCAAUGUUCGACCUUACCGUUAUCCUUAUUUUCAAAAAGGAGAAAUUGAGAGGCUAGUCAAAGAAAUGUUGGAGCAGGGAAUUAUUAGGCCCAGUCACAGCCCGUAUUCUUCUCCGUUAAAUGUCUCGACACCUAUGGUGGAGUUAAUCCAUGAGAUUGAAAGAGAGAACAAAGAGCUGCCAACGUUGAUUCGUUUACAUGAGGAGUGGCUCAAAGAAACUCUUUCAGUAGAUUGGACCGUCCGAGAUGGGAAGCUUAUUUAUAAAGGUCGGUUUUAUUUGGGGAGGGAGUCACAACUGAAGAAUCGAAUUUUAUUCGAGUAUCACUCGACCCCUUUAGCGGGACAUGCUGGUGUUACCAGAACAUUAGCUAGAGUGGCAGCUAAUUUUUACUGGGAUGGCUUGAGACGUGAUGUAGUCCUUUUUGUCAAGAAUUGUUCCAUUUGUCAGCAAGUAAAAUCAAGUAAUCAGCCGCCAGCCGGGUUGAUUCAGCCAUUACCUAUCCCCGAGCAAGUGUGGGAAGAUGUCACCAUGGAUUUUAUAGUUGGGUUACCUCCCUCAGAUGGAAAAACUGUGAUAAUGGUUGUGGUGGAUCGACUCACCAAAUUUGUGCAUUUUGAGAGUUUACCCACUCAAUUCACUGCUUCUAAGGUUAAGGAAGGAAAACUCAUUUUAGAGCCUUUGGCAAUUUGUGGUGAGAAGCAGGUACUUGUGGAUGGAAAGCCUGUGGUUAAGGUGUUGGUGCAAUGGAAAGGAGUUCAUCCCGAGGAGACAACCUGGGAAGUAGCUGAGGAGUUUUUUAAAGCAUUUCCAUGGUUGCGCCUUGAGGACAAGGCGCCUGUUCAAGAGGGAGGGGAUGAUACGAAUAUGGUUGAGCAAGAGAGUUUAGUCCCGGAACGUGAGCAAAUUCGAGAUGAGCGUCCUGUUCGCAAAAAGGGCCGACCACGUUGGCAUGCAGAUUUUUACAUACCCAAGUUGACGGGAUCGAAGACGAAGGCGUAG